UUGUGAGAUCCUGAUCAUUUCUGACUUGGUGAAGUAUGUAUAUUUGGUGUUUAUAAUAUUUCUGCCUGUCUAGAUACAUUGCACUGCAUAUUUAAUUGCAUUCUGAACUGUGAUUGGUCUUUACUUGCUGACGUGUAUUUAAUGACGUUACUAUUUCCCCAUCAAUCAAUAGCAGGGUUAAUAACUUCUCAUUUGAACAGGAUUAUUAUACUCAUAACUGUAAUUAAACACCUCGAGAUGAGAUGCACAAGGGGCGCUGCAGUGACAUCUCUUGGCCUGUGGAAGAAGGGAAAUGAAUUGCACAAUAAUCCACUCGUGAUUUUCCAUGAACGAGAAUGAACGCCGCUGGUUUCAGAGACUGUAAGGCUUGGAGGUCAGAGGGUUUGUCAUUGUCCACCAACAGUAAUGAGGCCUGCAAACUAUAUGAUGCUCUACUGUCUCAGUAUGUGACCUGGCGUAAUGAUGAGACUCUGGGAGGAAUUGAAGGUUGCAUGUCAGCUGUCAGAGCUGCUGAUCCGGACUUUGUCAUGGGUCAUGUGAUCUCCACUGGGCUGGAGCUGGUGGGCACAGGAAGUUCGGUCCUGCGGGAUGAGAGACUGGCCAAUGCGGUGAGGAUGACGGUGGAGCUGGCAGACGUUCAGGAGCUCACACCCAGAGAGAGAAGUCACGUCAAAGCCAUGGAGCUCUUCUCCAGAGGAGCGCUGCACAAGGCCUGUGAGGUUUGGGAGGAUAUCCUGGUGGAACAUCCCACAGACUUGUUGGCUCUGAAGUUUGCCCAUGAUGGAUUCUUCUACCUGGGUGAACAGACUCAGAUGAGAGACUCCGUGGCCAGAGUUCUGCCACACUGGAAACCACAGAUGCCACUCUACAGUUAUCUGAAAGGGAUGUAUUCCUUCGGACUUCUCGAGACUCAUUUCUACGACGAAGCCGAAAAAGUUGCCAAAGAGAGCCUGUCUCUGACCCCUGAGGACGGCUGGUGCGUGCACUCGGUGGCUCACGUCCAUGAGAUGAAGGCCGAGGUGGACAAGGGACUGAAGUUCAUGUCCUCUACAGAGAGAGACUGGAGGGUUUGUGACAUGUUGGCGUGUCAUAAUUACUGGCACUGGGCGCUCUAUCACAUCGAGAAGGGAGAGUAUGAAGCAGCUCUGAAGAUUUAUGAUGAGCAGAUUUCUCGUCGGUGUGUGAAGUCUGGAGCCAUGCUGGACACCGUGGACUCUUGUUCACUGCUCUACAGACUCGAACUGGAGGGUGUGAGCGUGAAGGAGCGCUACCGGGAGUUGCUUCAGGUCACUCGGCCUCAUACAGAGGACCACACGCUACUCUUCAAUGACCUGCACUUCCUCAUGGUUUCUCUGGGCAGUAAGGAAGCGGCCACCACUCAGCGUCUGCUGGAGAGUCUGCAGGAACUCGCUAAAGAUCCAGGAGAGAAUCAUCAGCUCCAUAUAGCCGAGCGUGUUGGGUUGCCCAUGUGUCGGGCACUGCUGGAGUACGACCAGGGAAACUACAGUCAGGCCGUGGAGCUGCUGAAACCCAUCAGAUACCGUUUUAAAGAGAUCGGGGGCAGUGACGCACAGAGGGAUGUUUUCAAUCAGCUUCUUAUUCACGCUGCCAUGAAGUCAGGAGACAAACACCACCAAAGAUUUGCCAGAUGUGUGCUGAUAGAGAGAGACGCACUGCGGCUGAACUCCCCCCUUACAGACCGUCUGAUCCAGAGAGCUCACUCACUACACCUUUGAGUCCAUUCAUAUGCAGUUCAGCUGUUUAAUUACAAACCUCUUUCCUCACUAAACCACCUGCAGACAUCAGUCCCGGAGUGAAGCCUGCGAAGUGUGUUCAGUCCUCCAACAGUGUCUCCAGAUCCUGUGUCUCGUCCAGCUACGUCUCAAGAGAUGAGUCUGGUGUAGAUACACAUUAUUACAGGUCUACUAGUGUUUUAUCUUUUGAAGACUUGCAACACAUUACAAUGAUUGUUCAAUGCUGAGUGCAUCCAGACUUUAUGAAUGUGUAACAUUAACAAACAAUCCUGCGAGCUUUACCAUCAACCUUUCUUUAAAUAACAGAACUGAAUGUAAACACGGUGAAAUGAAGCUGAAUGAAGCAGAAUAAACCAUGUAUAAUUAAAGCAUCACGUGUGUGUGUGUGUGAGAGAGAGAGAGAGCGAGAGUGUGAAUGUGUGUGUGUGUGUGAGAGAGAGAGAGAGAGUGUGAAUGUGUGUGUGUGUGUGAGAGAGAGAGCGAGAGUGUGAAUGUGUGUGUGUGUGUGUGAGAGAGAGAGCGAGAGUGUGAAUGUGUGUGUGUGUGUGAGAGAGAGAGCGAGAGUGUGAAUAUGUGAGUGUAUAUAUGUGUGUGUGUGUGUGAGAGAGAGAGAGGCGAGAGUGUGAAUGUGUGUGUGUGUGAGAGAGAGAGAGCAAGCGUGAGUGUGUGUGUGUGUGUGUGUGAGAGAGAGAGAGAGCAAGCGUGAGUGUGUGUGAGUGUGAGAGAGAGAGCAAGCGAGAGUGUGUGUGUGUGUGUGUGUGUGUGUGUGUGUGUGUGAGAGAGAGAGCAAGCGUGUGUGAGUGUGAGAGAGAGAGCAAGCGAGUGUGUGUGUGUGAGAGAGAGAGAGAGCAAGUGUGUGUGUGU